CAUAAACCCAGCCUCCUGCGGGGUGCGAGCGAUUCCUCAUACUUGCUGUCGCUCUGCGGCAUUAACCGCCCUUCAUACCGUGAAACCGAUGUUGCGCAACAGAGGGCAGGUCUGCACUCCGCCCCCGCGCACGUUUCUCUGAGCGGACCCGAGCGAGCCAGAGCCUUCACUCAUCCUGCAUUUGCUGAAGCUGCAGCAUUCCUGUCGUAGCCCUGGGAGAGCCGAGAUGUUUUCCUGCAGAGCAGCCUGGCAAAGGUGCGGGCCUUUGGCACGGACGGCAGCGUACAGGUUGCCCCGGGAUGCUGUGCAGCGGCGACCGAUGUCCUCGGUUCCUGGUGGGUCUGGGGAGAACAUAGUCUACGUCUUGCUGUGUGGUGGAGCUUUUGUUGGUGCUAUGUCAUAUACAUACAAUACUAUGACGACAGACAGCAUCAGGUUCAGUGAGCGCGUUGCGGAAAUCAAUGCCCGACCCAAGACCGAGUGGGUACCCAAACCAUGGCCCCCCAGGAGUAGCGAUGAUGCAGAGGGUGGAGAGGAGGAGGAGGCGGCGGCGGCAGCUGCUGAGGAGGCCAGUGCAGAGGCUGAGGUUGGCGAAGAGGAGGUCGCUGCUGAUGGCGAGGCAGAGGCUGUAGUGGAGGCAGUUGCUGACGCAGUCGCAGAGACUGCUGAGGUUGUUGCUGAGGCAGCGGAGGUCAUUGCCGAGGCUGCGCAGGAAGUGGAGACCGUUGCAGAAGAAGUGGCCCAAGUGGCCGAAGCUGUUGAGGAGGCUGCCCAGGCUGUUGCAGAACCACCAGCUGUCGCUACUGAGGAGCCUGAAAGCAACGUGCUGCUGGCAGCGGCCUCUGCUUUAGAGGUACUGAAGAUACAGGAAGGGGUGACGCCUACGGUUGAAGAUGUCAAAGAGGAAGAGUCCUUGGCACCAGUAGAGGCAAAGCCUGUUGAAGAAACUGCACCAGUUGAGAAGGCAAUUGCGCCUAUGGAAGAGGCCCCGGUACCAGUGGAGGUUACGCCUGAAGAAGAGGCCCCGGUACCAGUGGAGGUUACGCCUGAAGAAGAGGCCCCGGUACCAGUGGAGGUUACGCCUGAAGAAGAGGCCCCUGCACCAGUGGAGGUUACGCCUGUAGAAGAGGCCCCCUCACCAGUGGAGGUUGCACCUGUAGAAGAGGCCCCUGCACCAGUGGAGGUUGCGCCAGUUGAAGAGGCCGCCACACCAAUGGAGGUUGCGCCAGUUGAAGAGGCCGCCGUGCCAGUUGAAGAGGCCCCCACACCAGUGGAGGUUGCGCCAGUUGAAGAGGCCCCCACACCAGUGGAGGUUGCGCCUGUAGAAAAGGCCACUGCACCAGUGGAGGUUGCGCCUGUAGAAGAGGCCCUAGUGCCAGUGGAGGUUGUGCCUGUUGAAGAGGCUUCCACACCAGUGGAGGUUGCACCAGUAGAAGAGGCUCGCGCACCAGUUACUGAAAAAACUCCAGCAACAAUAGAGGCUGUGCCAGUUGUUGAAGAAACUCCAGCACCAGUAGAGGCUGCAUCAGUUUUUGAAGAAACUCCAGCACCAGUAGAGGCUACACUGGUUGUUGAAGAAACUCCAGCACCAGUAGAGGCUCCUACACCAGUAGAGGUGGCACCAGUUGUUGAAGAAACUCCAGCACCAGUAGAUGCUACACCGGUUGUUGAAGAAACUCCAUCACCAGUAGAGGCUGCAGCUGUUGUUGAGGCUCCUACACCAGUAGAGGUCGCACCAGUUGUUGAUGCUCCAGCACCAGUGGUAGAAGAAGCCACAGGACCAGAAGAGGCUGCACCAAUUGUUGAAGGUUCAGCAGUGGCACCGGCACCAGCAGAACCUGAUGUUACCACAGCUCUAGUUGAAGAACCACUCACCACAGUUGUCGAAGAAGUUGCAGAAGCCCCCACUGCAGAACUAGCCAGCCCUUUGGUGGAAGAAGCAGUUACAGCCCUUGCAGAGACUCCUGCAGAAGAUCCUAAGAGAGAGUACAUUGUUGUGGUUCUGGAAGGAAACCCUAAAGCGGAAAAACGGCCCAAGGUGUUGGGAGUGGGGACUAUGACUGGUAGAAUCAUCCCGGCUCCAGAUGAUGAUGAUGCCCCUGCUUCUGAGGGUAAGCGACGUCUUCUUAGGAUGCAAAUGCAGUAGUUCCAACCAAGUAAACAGCUCCUGAAUGAUGACUAGCUGCAGAAGAAGAGGAUGUGCCUUUCUCCUUCACUUUUCUCUUUUUGCCCUUAAAAUACAAGGCAACUAAUAUGUAGUUCUAAAGUUAAGAUACAGCUUUUAGGUCAAUGUCUGCUUUGUGGGACCAUUAGUGUUGCCCGCAUAGCCCAAUUACUGUUACAUGACUCUGAUUUGCAUGUCUUGACCUCAUAGUCCCUGAUGAGUCCAAUCAGCAGUCAGUUUUUUUUUAAUAGCCUCAACAGUUCUUGUACCUUAACUGCUGUGGACAAAACUGAGCCAUUCAGUCUACCAUGUUUGGCCUAAAAAGCACUCCACAUCCUGUUACCCUAAUCACUGCCCACCCACUUGUGAUGUGAACCUAUAGUGUUAUCUCUUAAGCUAGGGCCGUUUUGAGUCACCAGCAUCUUUACAGUACCCCACCUCAGGUUAUUCUUCUGCUUCCCUUGGUGUGAAAAUGAAUGGCUGGAAGCCAAGGUUGUGGUUUACCUUUUUUUUCAUUUUAUUUUAUUUUAUCAUGAGGAAACACUUUGAGCACACUUAGAGCAUCCCAAAGUAGCUACCUCGCUACCUCAUUUUUCCAUGUGUUUUCAGUCUUUAAAAUGACACAACAGACCUCUUUGUGAUGCUAUCAGUGUUACAUUUUCCAAGCUAACAACGCAGCUGCUAAGCCACCAUGCUAUACAAUAACCGCAUUUUUCUUUUUCAGAUGUUGUAAUUUGAUCAGUGAAACAUCUUAUUCUGUUCCAUUUAGCAAUGAAACACACAACAACCUGCUGCUGCAUUGCUUGCUUGGGUUAAAACACUAAAACGUAAAACUGACCUGAAAGUUUUAAGCCAUAGAGAGCAGUUCAGCUGUUUUUUUUCUUCUCUAUAUUCAGUGUGAUUACCACUUUUUUCCUCUAAUGAAUAUACAUUGGAUGUGCAGAAUAACAGGAACAUCUUCCUGAUUUUAAGUUGCAGCCUCUUUUGUACAAUCCAGAUUCACUUAUGGUCCAGGUCCUUCUAACUAAAUUUAGAUCCAGAUUCCUCCUUAGCCAUUGAUAUGGAUCCAAGAAAGAAAGUUAUUGAGGGACACUGAUCAGAGUACGUUAAAGUGUAGCUCAGCAUCGUGGUUCUGGGAGCAAAAGUUGUUAGUUGUGAGUUGUAGAGGAAUGUACAAACGGCAUCGUGUUCUUUCACUCUUCGCCUUUAUGUCCUUCCAAAGAGUUUUUCUUGUUUAGAUCUAGCUGUCAGUCCUGUGCUAGUGUGUCGUUUAAAGGCUUGCAGAAAGUACAAACAGUCAUGAAAUUGAUGUGUUGGCGUGACAGGAAAUGUGUGUAUUUGGUAAGAGUUACAGUAUGUCUGAAGAAAAGGCUGCAGUGUGACGUGCUUUGACUGCUCUGUUGUUUGCUUUUAGAGUUUCUCAUCUUUACUGUUGAAUUUCUGGCUUUGUUAGCUUGGCAUGCAGUAUUAUUUCAAUAGAUCUGAGGUCACUUGGGGAAGAAUUGAACUUAUUGUUAGGAUUUUUAAAUAAGUGAGGUUGGUCACAGGCAGGUUUGUCUAUCAGGAUUUAAGGGGAUGCCUGUGACUUAGCAAAGGACUGUGGUGUUACACACUUUACUGUUUGUUUUUGCAAAAUAAAGAGGGAUUAAACAUAA